AUCAGACUUGCUUUUUUUGAUUGAUUGUCUUGAUAGCGAUUUGUGAUGUUAUCACAAUGCUUAUUUAAAGAUUCUGUAUAAUUGUGGAGCAAUACAUCAGUGUUCAUUUUAGUUUAAAGUGUUUACGAUUUUGAUUAACUCCUGCGACAAUGUCAUCACAGCCAAUCUUUUGCACCUAAAAAUAUGUCAGAAUCGAGGGGGCCCGAAAACAAAAGUAUUGAAUUCGACCCUAUAUUACCCGAUGCGGGAGUAUUAUUCUACGAAGAAUGUCCAACGGAGUAUGAAAUAGAACGGCCUAGACUGCUGCCUUUGAAAUCUACGACUCAGAUUCGUUUCGAGCAGUUACAGCACGAAGCAGCAAGAGUUUGGAGAGAGAAGCAGAAGACGGCGAAGAAGAACUAAGUUUUUAGUUUUGUGUAGUGUAGAAUCGUGUCAAAAUGGCUUACACGUUGUUUGUGAUAGAACUGAUAUCUGCGUUUAUAUUAGCAGCGACUCUGCUGUACCGAUAUGGUGACUGCUACAGAAACCACAUCAUAGUGACCAUAUCUGUGCUGACAGCAUGGUACUUCUCAUUUGUGAUUAUGUUCAUCUUGCCUCUGGACAUAUCGUCAACUGUGUACCGACAAUGUAUGGAAAAUGCAACGAAAGCCACAGAUCCAACUCAAAUGGUACAAGGCAAUGUUACCACUGUGGCUCCACCUACCGUGGAAUGUCAUAAGCCUUGGAGUUUCAUGAGCUCGGAUGUGUUCCCGAACCUUUGGCGAGUUGUGUACUGGACGUCACAAUGCCUUACUUGGCUCAUCAUGCCAAUGAUGCAGUCAUACAGCAAAGCUGGUGACUUCACAGUGAAAGGAAAACUGAAGUCAGCGCUAGUUGACAACGCCAUCUACUACGGUUCAUACCUAUUCAUAUGUGGCAUACUACUAAUAUACAUUGCCUUAAAACCAGGCAUAUAUUUAGACCCCCCUAAGAUAAAGGCCAUAGCUUCGUCAGCCAGUAAUACAUGGGGUCUGUUCCUAUUGAUCCUGUUACUCGGAUAUGCCUUGGUGGAAGUGCCUAGAAAUCUGUGGAACAAUUCCAAGAAGAACUAUACAUUGACUUAUUGUUACUUCAAAAUAGCUAAGCUGAGUACUGAUAAGUGUGAAGCUGAGGAAACUGUUGAUGAUAUUUUGGAUAGCCUUAAAGCAGUGACAACAGCAGUUGGUUCCGGCCACCCACUUCACCGUCACGUCGAGACUAUAGUCCAGAAGUUACCAAUAACACUCCGGGACAGGCUCAACGGACGCGCACCGCCAGACAGACCCAUACCACCAUCAUUGAAGUCACUUGUCAAUCUACACAAAAAGACUAUCAAAGCCUUACACGUGCUGCAGCGUACAGAAACGCAAUGGGGUCUUAUGUUGGAACGUAUAUUCCAUCUCGAAGAUAUUGCUGCGAACCAGCGAUCGCCUGAUCACAGGUUCCAGCACACUUUCCAUACACCAAGGCCGAGGCUGCAACGGAUAUUUUACCCACCUAUUAUUGAAUGGUAUUGGGAAUGUUUCCUGAAACAAUACUUUUUGAAGACAAUGGCCGUGAUAACUGGUAUCAUGUCUAUAGCUGUGGUGUGGUCGGAAAUGACUUUCUUCUGCAAAAAACCCGUGCUGUCUAUAUUCGCGAAUAUUGUUAUAGCUGCUACUGAUACUUACAAUUAUUCGGCUAUCGAGGCAAUAUCAACAAUAAUAAUCGCCUACAUGUUCUACUGCGCUUACUCCACGGUACUCAAGAUCCGUCUGCUCAACUUGUACUACUUAGCUCCUCACCACCAGACCAAUGAGUACAGUCUCAUAUUCUCUGGUAUGAUGGUGUGUAGGCUGACUCCGGCUAUGUGCUUGAAUUUCUUGAGUUUGAUACAUAUGGACUCCCAUGUUAUAAAGGAGAGGAUUAUGGAGACUUAUUAUACGCAGAUAAUGGGCCACAUGGACGUCCUAGGCAUCAUAGCCGAAGGUUUCAACAUCUACUUCCCGAUGCUAGUAGUGCUGCUAUGUGUAGCCACUUACCUGUCGCUCGGCAGUCGCUUGCUGUCACUCUGCGGCUUCCAGCAGUUCGUGGGUGAUGAUGAACUUACUACCGAUCUUGUGGAUGAGGGCAGAGAGAUUGUCAAGCGAGAGAAACGCAAGCGCCAACGUGCGGAGGACUCGUUGACUCGUCGCCGCGACUACAGCGAGAGAUUCUCCAACUACAGGAGUGCACGCGACGCACAGGAUGGAGCCCACACCGGGCUUCUAAACGACGUGGAUUCAGAUUACUACGUGCAACCUAGUCCUGAACGAAACCAGUCUGCUAUCACCGGGUACCAGAGAGCCGAGGUUCCAUAUAACAGGUCCAAUCUUACGUUGGAAGAUGAGUUGGACCAUCGCUUCGGUGAAAGUACUCUGCCGUCCAUACGAACCGAGUUCGAUGACCGGAGACGAGAUAAGAUGACGAUGCCCCCUCGAGGUUUGUUUGAUGAUGUAUAAAGUGCAAUAAGGUAUUAGGUAAUUGUAGAAGGUUCUUGUGGGGGUAUUGCUAUUUAGAUUUGUGAUUUUCGAAUAUGAGCCCUAAGGUCAUUAAGUUAAGGAUUAAAAUCGUUUCAAGCUUUUACGUACACAUUCUGUUGUUGAACUCUCAAUACCCAAAGUAUGAAGCCGUGCCGUUCUUAUGACAAUACCUUCACAAAAACAGGUCAAUUAAGUUAUUAUAACUAGAUUUAAAACAAUUGUUUUAGUGAUCGUUAUUAGUGAUAAUUGCAAAAUAAAUGUAUUUGAAUGUUUGUAAGCGUGACGGGUGUGUGCUGAGUAGAUUCAAUUGAUUUAUUUUAGGUACAAAUAUAAUAAAAUAAUAUAUUGCUUACAUUUUUAUAUGGAUAAUAAUCUAAUUAGUAUGGAGACACCAAACACAAUAAAAUAUUAUAUUUUAUCAUUACAUAAGCUUGCUUGUGCAAUAUAAUUAAUACAAUUUUAAUACAUAUAUCAAUUCUUAAAUAUGACGCUAUAAAUUUUACUGUAAUAUAUUCCAACUUUUAACACCUUUGGACAAAGACCAUAGUCUCGAACUAUUAAUUUAGCUAACUCUUUUCUUUAACUUUGAAAAAAAAUGUCUUGUCUUUUAAUAAUCGACUAAAACUGCACCAAGUCUUUGCGCGGCACUUUGUAAUACUAACAGUUGGAUCGCGAACGCUUUGUGGUGCCAUAUUUAAUUUCUUUGGUUGUACGUUCUGUAAGGCAGCUUGUAUAAUUCAACCAGACUACCGCCCGAUUCUUUAGUCUUACUAAAAGAGCUAAUAGUAAUUUUAGGUAUGUGUAUCAAAAUUCUAAGGUAAUAUAUGGGAUAAUGUUUCCAACAUUUGAUAGUUUUAGCAUCCUGUAAUGUUCAAUUCGUUUGGAACAAAAAAUGAACCUUAAACUUUUCGCAUAAAGUUGAAAAUUGCAUGGUUCUGGCAAGCCUUAGAGGUUUUGAUGCACUUAGAACUAUUUGGUGUAGAAAAUCCUUAUUUUAUUUUAGAACGGGCGCUAAUGGUAGUUUAGUUGUGAAGUAGCAUAAUAAUGUAGGAAAACACCAGGUUAUAUUGAGUCUACGAACGUUGUUUUAUUAUAACAUACAGAUUAAAAUAAGAAUAGGAUGUCGUCACAAAAGCAACUUUUUACUUACGAACUUUUACUAUAAAUUCCGAAAGUAAAGAAAAAACGGCAAGGCCAGAACGAAAUAUCUUAUUACUGUUUUGGAAUAUGUAGAGUAAUAAAAUCUUGUAGCAUCAUCCACCCAUGUUUGUUAUAUCUAUGCGUGUAAACAAAAUGAUUACUGGAUAAAAUCAUCACAAGGACUAAAAUUCUAUUCUUAUUUGAUGGUAAACGUUUUUAAUAACAAAAGGCCUAAAGCACGUUAAAUAUUUAUGUGAAGGGUGAUACUUUGUAGUUGUAAAUCGUUCAUUCUGUAUUAUAUUUAUUAAUAUUCUAACACUUUUAUUUAGUCAACUUUUAAGUAGAUUGUGGGUUUUAGGUUACAUUUAGCGAUGAGUUCUAGACAUUGUGCUAAAGAAGAAAUAAAAAGAAAACGGAAUCUUUUAAAAUUAGAACUGCUAAACCAUACUUUUUGGUAAAUUGCAUGCGAAACUUCUGUGUAAGAUUUUUAUCAGUCAAUUAAAGGAAGCUAGUGGUCAUGAACUCAUCUAAAUCUGUAAUGCAAAGCCUUGAUUUUAGUCGAGAUUAUUAUAACGCUGAUUAUUCUAACCCUUGGGGUACGUAUUUAAAAGAAUAUAAAUAAAUUGUGUACUAUUUUGCGUGUACAUAAAUAUUACUUAUUUAGCUUAGGCAAUGUUUUUAUGCUAACUAAUUAUUUUGUUAUUGUAUACUUUGUCAUUCCAUAGGUUUAUUUAAUGCCGUAGCAUUAAACACUGAUGUGAUAUUGUUA